GUUUAGUUGGUGUCAACCCCGUGUCUUAUGUGUAUUUUGACAUUUGCAUUUGACUUUUCUUUGUCAUAGUUUUUUUUACAGUAGUGCAUAAAUUAUAUCACCUGCUGCGAAGAUGACAGUUAACACAUAAAGGUAAAAGGAGGAGGAAGUUAAGAAGGUGGUUGAUUCACACAACAACAUGACAUGACUUACAGCAUAACCAUUUAUAAUAACAUCCUGAAGAUGAUUCGGUUGAAGAAAAACAUCUUGGUGUUCCUUGUGAUAGUCGGAGCAUUUCCAGUUCUUACACUUGUCUACUUUGCGCUCUAUUCUGAUGGCAGUGUGAGUGAGUUUAGCUCUGAAGACAGCCUUGACAGACUGGAGGCGAAGCUAGCUACCAAGAUCAGAGAUUUGGAGAAACAGAAUGCCUACCUCCAGAAAAAACUCAGCAAGACCCGGACCCAGUACUUGAACAUGCAGAUGGCAGUGGGUCUGAACAAUGGGUCCGAUAGUGAACAGGCUAACCGGACAUCAGGGCUUGGCUGUAUACAACAACAGCCUCAGUUGCCCAAAUGCGAGGUUAUUCACAUUUCCAUAGUUUGCGCUGGCAACAAUGCUACAAGGGACAUUGUGACCCUCAUCAAGAGUAUCCUAUUCUACAGGAAAAAUCUCCUUCACUUCCAUUUCAUCUCGGAUACAAUUGCUGAGACCAUUCUUCGUAAUUUGUUCAAGACUUGGAAUCUCAACGAAGUUGAGUACAGCUUCUACCCAACGACAAGUGUACAGAAGGAUAUAAAUUGGAUUCCAAAUAAACACUACUCGGGGAUUUACGGUCUCAUGAAACUUGUGCUUCCAAAAAUACUACCCCAGUCUUUGAGAAAGGUGAUAGUGCUGGACACAGACAUCACAUUUGCUUCCGACAUUGCGGAGCUCUGGAAACUGUUUGCUGCUCUUACCAGAGAGGCCCUGGGACUUGUAGAAAACCAGAGUGAUUGGUAUCUUGGAAAAAUCUGGAAAAAUCACCAACCUUGGCCAGCUUUAGGUCGUGGUUUCAACACAGGUGUAAUGUUGAUGAAUCUCGACAUCCUACGUGCCAUUGGCUGGAUGUCUACUUGGAGGCAGGUCGCAGAGAAGGAACUCCUAGUCAUGUACCAUACUGCGCUUGCUGACCAGGACAUUAUCAACUCGGUGCUAAAACAGUACCCAAACUUGGUGAAGACGUUACCCUGUCAGUGGAACGUCCAGCUUAGUGACAACACUCGCAGUGAACAUUGCUAUUCCGAGGUCUCGGACCUUAAGAUAAUCCACUGGAAUUCCCCAAAGAAGUUGAAGGUGAAGAAUAAGCAUAUAGAGUUUUUCCGGAACCUGUACCUGACAUUCCUGGAAUAUGAUGGCAAUCUGCUACGUCGAGAACUGCUCGGCUGUGGAUCAAACAGUUCUGGAAACACUGUCCAACAACAGAUCAGUGCCAUUAAUGAGGAUGAUGAGUGUUAUGACUUCCGUCGUGAGAGGGUUAUAGUCCACCGUACUCAUCUGUAUUACAUCGACUACUCCUACACACCAACUCAGUGGGAUGUAACCUUAGUUGCUCAACUCAGUAUGGAUAGGCUUCAGAUGCUGGAGACUAUAUGUAAGCACUGGGAGGGUCCCAUCAGCCUGGCAUUGUACAUGUCAGACGCUGAGGCCCAGCAGUUCCUGCGCUAUGCCCAGGGCUCCGAGACUCUCAUGAACAGGAAAAACAUCGGAUACCACGUUGUCUUCAAGGAUGGGCAAUACUACCCAGUGAACUAUCUCCGUAAUGUCGCCAUGCAGCAGGUCCAGACGGAGUUCAUGUUCCUGUCUGAUAUAGACUUUCUGCCGAUGUAUGGACUGUACGAAUACCUGAAGAUUGCCGUCAGUAUGGCCAACAUGGGGAAAGAAAGAAAGGCUCUUGUGAUCCCGGCAUUUGAGACCCAGAGGUACAGGUUUACCUUUCCAGAGACCAAAGAGCAACUUCUUGCACAGCUUGCUACCGGGGAAUUGUACACAUUCAGGUACCAUGUAUGGGCCAAGGGUCACGCUGCGACCAACUAUGACCGCUGGAGGAAUGCCACCAGCCCCUAUACUGCGAAAUGGGAGCUGGAUUUCGAGCCGUACAUAGCUGUACACAAAGAUAUACCACAAUUUGACCAGCGGUUUGUGGGCUUUGGCUGGAACAAAGUCGCACAUAUAAUGCAGCUGGAUGUGGAAGAUUAUGAGUUUGUAGUUCUACCAAAUGCUUUCAUGAUCCACAUGCCCCACGCUCCAAGCUUUGAUAUCGCCAAAUUUAGGUCCAGUUCUUUAUAUAGAAGGUGCCUUAAGACGUUGAAAGCCGAAUACCAGAGGGAUCUGUCUCAGAAAUACGGAAUAAAAGCAUUAAAAUACUUGUCUGUAGACUGACCAUUAUAUUAUGUAUCAACCACUUUAAUUGUGUUCAUAUUCAUUAUUGACCAAUUAAAUGUCAAGUUAUUUUAUAUUUACAAUAGUUUUAGUUGGUGUUGUAACAUAGCACUGGUGUCGUUGUUGGCAUUGAUAGUAAAAAUUGAAAGUAAAAACUUCAUUAAAUCUUAAAUGAAACUUGGUACACAUGUUGCCGAACACAAUGCGCACACGAGUACAAAGACCCUAACAUUCGCAGUAUUUGUUACUUAUUGUAGCUGUUGUAUUUUUGUUACUUUUGUAGUACAAUUAUUAAUAAAUUUACUGAAGUUUUA